GGUCAACUCUUUUUAUUUUCUUACAUAAAAACAUGGAACAUCAAGUCAUUCAUUUCACCCCUGUUUCAAAACACUGAAAACCAACAUCAACAAAUUCAACUAACCAUUGGCAGACUCUGUGCAGAAAACUCCCACCAUCACCACCACCAACAACAGCUUCACCUCAUCAUCCAUGGAGCUUUUCCAACGCGCCAAAGCCGUCCGCCUCCGCAGCCACCACGACAAGUACCUCCACGCCGAAGAAGACGAAGAAUCCAUCAACCAAGAACGCAACGGCUCCUCCAAAAACGCCAAAUGGACUGUCGAACACAUCCCCGAAUUCGACAACAUCAUCCGUCUCAAAAGCUGUUACGGAAAGUACCUAACAGCCUCCAAUCAGCCGCUACUCCUCGGCGUCACCGGCCGGAAAGUUGUUCAAACGCUGCCGCGGAGACUCGAUUCGUCUGUUGAAUGGGAGCCUGUAAGGGAUGGUGCGCAGGUUAAGCUGAAAACGAGAUACGGGAAUUUUUUGAGAGCGAAUGGUGGGUUGCCGCCUUGGAGAAAUUCUGUUACGCAUGAUAUUCCGCAUCGGAGUGCUACGCAGGAUUGGAUUCUUUGGGAUGUUGAUGUUCUUGAGAUUCAUGUUGGGAAUCCUCCUCCUCCUCCGAUUCCGCAUUCAGAUUCUCUUGACUUUGGAUCUUCGGCUCUUUCCUUCAAAUCUAAUCGGUUUGAUAGACAAGAGUCAACAGAUAGUGUUGGUUCACCGCCGAAGAUGGAGGGGCGAACGAUAUACUACCAUGUUGCUGAGGAAAAUGGAGACGUGGAUGAUGAGAAUGUGCAGGGCUAUUCUUUAGUCUUCAAUGGGAAUGAUGUUGAGCAGUUGACUCGUAAGUUCGUGGAAGAAACUGGACUUGAUGGAGUUAUUGUGUGUAGUCGAAGUCCUUUGAAUGGAAAACUUUACCCUCUUCGCUUGCAUCUUCCUCCAAACAAUGUUAUGAUGCAAGUUGUUUUGGUCCUUGCCUCCUCGAAAGUUGCAAAAGAAUUUGAAGAACAAGGUUUACUGUGACCAGCUAUAUCUUUGGAGUCUUAAACCUAUUAAAGUGCAAGGCCAAUGUACAUUGUGACCCAGUGGGUUUCAAUUCUAUUUUAUAUCAUUUAAUUUAAAAUAUGCUGAAAAACUUCGCCUUGCUCGAGCGAGUCUAUUGUAGGCAGUAAUCUUUAUGUUGGCGAUCUCGCUAUUGUUAGUGCUAAACAGUAGUCAUUAUUAUUGGCAAUGUCGCCAUGCUAGACAAUAGUCUUUAUUGUUGGCUAUCUCAGUCUCAGCUAUUGUUAAUGGUAGCUUUGGAUUCGGGUACUUUGUUGUUGUAAUUUACUGUAAUUCAUUAUAUUUUUUUAGAAGUAUCUCUUGUACAGAGAUCAUUAAUCAGAAAGCUACAGUCAUGGAUUUUUUCAGGCCGAUAUAAAUGUCAGAAAUUAGAAACAUUUUUAAA